AUGUCCUCUUCUUUGACGAUUCCCACAGGUUUGCUACCUGAGCAAAUAAAAAUGACCAACUAUAACCCAUCCAGUCUCCUACAGCAAGCCAUUCAGAGCUUUCUGAGGGCUGAAAACAUAGCCAUCUCUUCCCUGAGGAACCUCCCUGCAGAGCUCUUCCCAUGUCUGUUUCUGGAAGCUUACACUCACAGACUAUGGGAGACCCUGAAGGCUCUAGUGCAGACCUGGCCCUUUGACAGACUCCCUCUGGGAGCCCUGUUUCAAGACCUGGUUCCUGAAAAUCCAAGUUUCAAAACUGUGAUGGAUCGAAUUGAUAUCCAGCUCAAAAAGGAAGUUCCCCCCAGGUGUAAGCUGCAGGUGCUGGAUUUGCGAAACACCGGGCAUAAGUUCUGGAGUGUGUGGACUGGAGUGAGCUUCCGAGUGGACUCACAAAGGAGGAAACUGGUGGCUGAGGGAGCUUCAAGGAAUGAGGAUGGCAUGCCCUGCUUGGAGGUGUGUGUAGACCUCUACCUCAGUCAGAAACCCGCAGAUCAGACCUUCACAUACCUGCUGAACUGGAUCCAGGAGAGAAAAGGGGUGCAUCUCAGCUGUAAGAAGAUGACAGUAUAUUCCCUGCCCAGCAAAAACGACAGGUUUCUGCAUGCCAUGCCAUUGUGUGGUAUCCAGGAGGUGGAAGUACACUGCACCUGGCCAUUCUCAGGCCUGCACAUGUUUAGUCAACUUCUGGGCAAGAUGAAAAGCCUCCGGAGACUCAGUCUCGACAUCACCGUUCCUAAUGCCGUCACCCCAGAAGAGGAGGAGAAACAGGCACAGUCUGUCCACCAAUUGACUUCUGUGUUCCUGCACUUAUGCCAUCUACAAGAGCUGUACCUGGAAUCUCCCUCCUUCCUGCACGGCCUCUGGACCAGGUCAAAUGAAGGAGACUUGACUCAUCUGUUCCAGAUCCCACACAUCCAUCAUCUGAAGGACCUGUGUCUGAGGGAAGUCCCGCUGACCUCUGUCAGCAGCUGCUCCCAGCUCAGCUCCCUCAGCCUGCAUGGGAACCACCUCAUGGCCAUCCUGGAGAAGCUGCUGCACUGCACCUCAGGGCUGAAGCAUUUGUCUCCAGCUGUUUCCUGCCCCUCUGGAGAGUUUCAGCCCUCAGGGAGAUCUCCAGCCUGUGAAGAGGAAUUGCAGGGUCAUAGGUUAGUUAGCGAGUUCACCUCUGCUUUCCUCCAGCUACUUCAUCUUCAGGAGCUGUACCUGAAAUCUCCCUUCUUCCUCCAGGGCCAUCUGCACCAGCUUCUCAGCUAG